UGUGCAGAGAAUCAGGCAGAGAUCUCAGGGACGGCUCUGCUCGCCCUCCCCGCAGCGGACCGCCGGCCGCCCGCGAACCCUAGGUUCCCAGUGGGCACGACCUUUCUUCCUCCCACAGCCCCCGGGAGACCUCCACCACAGCCAGGCGGUCCCGGCCAGAAAUAACCCCGUGAAGGGCCCGGCCGUCCGCCCGCGCCUCCUGACUCAGUGCGUGCGGUGAGGGAGGGGCCCCGGGGGUGGCCGCGGCGGGGUCCAGGGAGCCCCGACGUCUGACGUCUCUCUUCUCCCCGUGUCGGGGAGGACUGUCGGGGGGACGCCAGGAGCAGGGACCACGCCCCCGCACCCGCCCUGGACUUAAAGUCAAGGAAUGCCUGGAGCUCCAGGGUCAGCCUGAGAAGGGAGGAAAAGCUACAGUCCCGUGAAGCGUCGGCGGAAGGCACGAAGACUGAGCGUGGCCUACGAGGCCUCAGAAGGUGAAGAAGGCGAGGGGGCCGAGCGUCUCCAGGCACCAUCCUGGCAGCCUCAGGACUGGCGGCGGCAGCUGGACAACAUCCGGACCAUGAGGAGCGGGAAGGACGCGCCCGUGGACCAGCUGGGGGCUGAGCACUGCUUUGACCCCAGCGCAUCCCCAAAGCAGGUGCAGAGGUACCAGGUGCUGCUGUCCCUGAUGCUCUCCAGCCAGACCAAGGACCAGGUGACAGCGGGCGCCAUGCAGCGGCUACGGGCCCGGGGCCUGACGGUGGACAGCAUCCUGCAAACGGAUGACAGCACACUGGGAACGCUCAUCUAUCCUGUGGGCUUCUGGAGGGUGAGCCAGCCUGUGGCCAGCAGGCCUAGGGGCACCGCUGGCUUGCAAAAGGUGUCAAGGAAGCUGAACAGCUGCAGGGGGCGGGGGCAGUCGCUGGAGCAGGCAUCCCUGGCUAGCAAGGUGAAGUACAUCAAACAGACCACUGCAAUCCUGCAGCAGCGUUACGGUGGGGACAUCCCAGCCUCCGUGGCAGAGCUGGUGGCGCUGCCCGGUGUCGGGCCCAAGAUGGCGCACUUGGCCAUGGCGGUGGCCUGGGGCACUGUGUCAGGCAUUGCAGUGGACACACAUGUGCACAGAAUCGCCAACCGACUCAGGUGGACCAAGGAGGCAACCAGGUCCCCAGAGGAAACCCGAAGGGCUCUGGAGGAGUGGCUGCCCAGGGAACUGUGGAGAGAAAUCAACGGCCUGCUGGUGGGCUUUGGCCAACAGACUUGCCUGCCCGUCCACCCACGCUGCCAGGCCUGCCUCAACCGGGCCCUGUGCCCAGCUGCACGGGGACUCUGAGGGCCUGGGGCCUCUGCCCGGCGCCACUCUGGCCACUGUCUGUGCCUUUGCUGGGGAGCUGUAGCCUGUUUAUAAUAAAGCUUGGGGGUUGUUUGCA